AUGCGCGGACUCUCGGCAGCGGCGCUUUGCGCUGUGGCUGGCAGCCUUAUGUUGCCAGUCGUGGCUGACCCUGGCGACCCACCCCUGGAUGGGCAGAUCCUCAUGAUCUAUCCCGGAAACCGUGUAGCAUUCAGCGAUGCCACCUGGGCGGCCCAGGACAAGCUAUUGUCGGCCUCUCCCUACUACCAGGCUGCUCGGUCACUGGGAUACACAGUCUCCAACGUUACCACGGAAGAAUGGUCGGAGCUGACGGAGGAAGACUUCCAAGUCUUUAAGGCUAUUUUCAUCAGCAAGCUAGGAACUGGCACUACAUCCGACUACUCGUUCCUUGACACCACCAAAGCUGCAUGGGGUGCUGCUGUCAAAAACACAGGCAACGUCAUGCUUUCCGGCGCCCCCGUUAGCGACAUCGCCGCCCAAGAGGAGGUCACCGAUGUCAACGACCCGGACGCAGUUACGAAGAACAAUGCCCGUCUCAAUGCCCGAAUUGUUCUUAAGAACGCUAUUAACUUCAUCGCCAAGGGCUCGACCACGGGAUUGUACAUCGAGGUCCCCAUGACUACCGAUGCUGGGACGACGGGCGAUAUGCAGACUAACGGCGAGACGCUCUCGUUCCUUAGUGGACUCGGCGAUUUCAAGUUGAGAAUCUUUGGCGAUGCCCCUCCGACUGGAGUCACAAGCGCCAACCAGGACGUCGUCACCCUGGUGGCGAGGCACCCUGAUAUCCCUAAUCUCGAGAGCUCGACCCUUUCACCAUGGGAUAGGUCCGCCCGUUCCGUAUUUUCUCAGCGGGGAACAGGCUUCGAGCCCCUCUCCAUCGCCUCUGCCGUCACGGGAUUGGAGGCAUUCCAAUGGACUGACAGUACAGGAACUACCCAGACGGGCCCUGCAGUUAUUGUCGCCCGCUCUGCCACCGCACUACAAGCAAUCCCUGAGACUUGCGGUGACUCCACGUUUGACCCUUUAGUAGAGCAGUGUGAUCCCUCGGGCACCUCUGAUCCGAACUGCAACCAAGCCACUUGUCUCUGCACUUGGGGCUACGAUUCUGUCACUAGCACGUGUGUCCAAGGACCCACCUGCGGCGACUCCGCUGUCGAUUAUCAACGUGGCGAGGAAUGCGACCUAGGAAGUGCUAACGGCGACGGGGAAUCCGCUUGCACCGCGGAUUGCCGAUGCAGAUUUGGAGGAUACACUGACUCUGAGGGCGAUUGGAAGUGCGUGGAGGAAUGCGGCAAUGGAGUGCUUACCGGGCCAGAGGAGUGUGACGACGGAGUCCUCCUCAACGGCCAGACUGGUUCUUCCUGCAGCGACACAUGCACCUGCAAAUAUGGGACCGAGGACGUCAACGGCAUGACGGUAUGCCUGACUUCUCUAUGUGGUGAUGGGGAGGUCACUGGCAACGAACAGUGCGACGAUGAUGACAACGGCCAGACUGGUUCUGUCUGCACCAACACAUGCACCUGCAAAUAUGGAACCGAGGAUGUCAACGGCGCGAUAAUCUGCAAGAUUUCAGAUUGUGGUGAUGCCGAGAUCACUGGCAACGAGGAGUGCGACGAUGCUUUAAACAACGGCGCGGCUGAUUCUCUCUGCAGCGAGACCUGCACGUGCAAGUAUGGACUCGCAAUGGACCCGGCUGCCGGUCCUUGCGCCUCUGAGCCCGCGCCCAGCUGUGGAAACAAUCUUAUCGAGCCCGGAGAGCAGUGUGACAAUGACGAGGACGAGCUUUGCAAUAAUUGUCAGUGCCUGUACGGACCCGCCGAGAACCCGACUGCCCUAGUUCCCUGCGCCGCCGCUCCCGCAGCCACUUGUGGAAACAACGUGCGCGAAACCGGCGAAGAGUGCGAUAAUGACGAGGACGAGCUUUGCAACGACAUUUGCGAGUGCUUGUACGGGCCCGCCGAGGACCCGACUGAUCAGGUUCCCUGCGCCGCCGCGCCUGCAGCCACUUGCGGGAACAAUGUUGUUGAAACUGGAGAACAGUGCGAUAAUGAGAACGAUGAUCUUUGCAACGACACUUGCGAGUGCAUUUACGGACCCGCUGCGGACCCGACUGCCGAUGUUCCCUGCGCCACCGCGCCCGCAGCCACUUGCGGAAACAACGUUGUGGAGGCUGGAGAGCAAUGUGAUAACGAGGACGAUGAUCUUUGCAACGACACUUGCGAGUGCAUUUACGGCCCAGCCCCAAACCCGACUACCGAUGCUCCCUGCGCCACUGCGCCCCCUAGCUGCGGCAACGACAUUAUCGAGUCCGGCGAGGAGUGUGAUGAUGGCAGCGAUCUCUGCAACGAGGAGUGCGAAUGUGUCUUUGGCCUCAACGAAGAGACCGGCGAAUGCUACGAGACUGCUCCGGCGAUCACCACCACCGCAAGCGUCACCGAGGCUGCCACCACCACUGAGUCUGCUUCUGUCACUGGGGAUGCUACCAUGACUGAGGGUAACACUGUCACCGAGGAUGUCACCACUACCGAAUCAGCUGAUGCCACUGCCACCGAGGACGCCAGCGCUACCGAGUCUGCUGGUGCCACAGUCACCGGCGAUGUUACCGCUAUCGACUCCGCCACUGCCACUAAGUCCGCCGUCGCCACCGCUACUGAGGACGUCAGCCUUACCGAGUCUGCUGGUUCCACUGCUACUGAGGACGUCAGCGUUACCGAGUCUGCUGGUUCCACUGCUACUGAGGACGUCAGCGCUACCGAAUCGGCUGAUGCCACUGUCACUGAGUCUGCUGGUGCCACAGUCACCAGCGACGUUACCGCUACCGAGUCCGCCACUGUCACCUCUACUGGGAACGUCACCGUUACCGAGUCUGCUGCCGCCACUGCGACGGAGGAUGUUACCAUGACGGGCUCUAGAAGCGCCACUGAUGUUGUCACAGUCACUGAGUCAAACACCAUGACAUCCGCAACAGACGCCACACAGACCGGUACAAACACUGCUGGUACGCAGACCACAACGUCGCCCAGCUCGCCCUCCAGCACCGAUGGUCCUCUUCCCCAAGAGCUUCAGUCAGAGGAUGGUGCUUCUUUCAGUUUCGUUGGAUGUGCCGCAUCCUCUGAGAACUACAGGGGUUUCACGCUUGAACAGGAGUCGGAUGACAUGGACCUCAACGUCUGUGUCACCGUCUGCAAGGACCGUCUGUACAGCGGUGCCUACAAGAACCAAUGCUACUGUGGCGAUGAGCUUGAUGACAGCGAUGUCAGCGUCGUUGGCGAAGCCGCCUGCGACCUCACGUGCCCGGGCAACCCAUCCCAGAACUGCGGUGGAGAUUUGGACACGACCGAGAAGCUUAGGGUACGCCAGGUCACUGCUGGCAUCCUUCUCUCGCUCUACAAGCGCGACAUUGUGGAUGGAUCCAGCCCCUCCCUGGCCCCGACCGUCACCGGCACGGGAACCCUCAGCGCUCCUCUGCCAUCGCAGACUGCCGGUGGUGUUACCAUCAACAACAUUAACAACAUCGACAUUGACAUCAACAUCAUCCUUGUUCCUUUUGCUGGCGUGGACUGCCUUGGUCAACUUGUCUACAUCAAGAGCUGUGACAUCUGCAAGGCCGGCGAGAUGGUGAGCUGGGCUCCCAAGCGCUGCGCCAACGCCGAUGACUGCGCCGGUAUGAAGGUCUACAAGCCCGAGCAGUGCUCCGACAACAACGGCCGCUGCAAUCCGGGGACCAGUGACUACGACUUUGUCGUUGAGAAGCCAUGCACCACAUGUGACGGUGGUGUCAUCUACCAGCCCAAGGGUCAGGACAACGCCGCUCCUCAAUCUCCUGAGCACCAGGCACAGCCCCAGCCCCAGCAACCUGGUGCAGGUGACGUCCCUGGCCAGCUCGCCGGUGAUAAUAUUCCCGUCACCGCCGGUUCGGGUCGCUUCUCUGCUUUCCAAUCCCUCGUUGCCGGGCUUGCCGUCAACAUUGUUCUCGCUGGCCUUUUCCUGUCCGGUGGCGUAAUGGUAGCGCGUCUGACUACGACCCGCCAGAUAUUCGGUAAUCAGUAA